UAAGAAAAACAAUACUUCCAUUAUCGCGAAGAUUAUUUUUUCUGAAACACGCAACUUGUUUUGUAACGAUAUAUCAUUGUGAAGCCUCCUGCGGGACGUUUGAAAAAAAUUAAGCGUAUUCAUAAUAUUUCUGCUCGCUGUUUAAGCAUGGUUUAGUUUAAAAGCGUGUGCGUCUUGGGCGAAUAUAAUGGGACUCCCGGGAGUCGUUUUGUUGGCGGAAUCUGCACACGAAGAGCAUAAACAUACUCCUGCAAUUUUAAGUUUUUGGCAUGCUGUUGGGUAAAGGCGACAAUGCGACACGUUAUAUGGUAUAGGUAUAGAUGAUAUAGAAUCCUUAGGCUUUCUGUUUAUUCAUUCAUGCAUAAUGGAAAGUAAGUGCUGGUGCCUUCAGUUUCGUACACUAAAAUUGAGUCGGUAAGAAACAAGAACCAGCAUAAUAAUUUUUGUAUUUUCUUGAUAAGAAUAAAGUCGAGUAUUGUUAAGAUUUUUGGUGAACCGAACCUAGUGAUUUGAUAAGUGGUUCUUUGGAUGGAGUUGGAUUUGUUUGUUUUGUCAGUACAAAUUAAAAAAUUCUUAUAUUUCUUAAAUAUCAACGUGAUAAUUUAGUAAAUCUCUUUGUUAAUUAACAUUUUAACUUUAUGUCACAAUUGUAAUUCUGCAUUAAAUAAAAUCACGUUGGUUCAAACAUGACAUAAACAUUAUAUCAAAUCUUAAGAUUCAGAAAUAUGGCAUAAGACAUUUUGACAAACAGUUAUUGCAUUGCCAAAUAAUCACGUUUUUUAACUAGAUUAAAAGAAAAUUCAUUAUUCACUUGCCUGCUCAGCCUGCCAGGUAAAAUGGCAGAGCUCAAGUGUGUUCCCCCGGGACGCAGCUACAUCCUAUCAAGUCUUCGUUUUCAAUUUCCGUUUAACUAUAAUUGAAUCAGAUUUGAACAUGAUGCUCCUCUUUCUUUUCAUUUUUCACCUCUGAUAGAGCAGACACGAUUUUAUCAUUGAAAUAUGUUAACUAUAUUCAAUUAUUCAGAUCAUUAAAAAUUACUUUUGUACAGAUCUGAGAAAAAUAUGUUAUGGUAAGUAACUAUAAAUAGUAUCUGUUCCUAAACUAUUUUUGGUCAAGUUACUAAUUCGAAAGCGAAUAAGGAAGUAAUAAUUUUACCACAAAUAUAAUGUAGGCGUUAAUGUCGGUCUUUCCAAAAAUGUGUACUAACUGGAUGCUGGGACUUUUAAAACUAUAUACGACUAACUAUGCGUAAUUUUAUAGAACUAUCAAUCCACAAGACUCUGUUAAUACAUUUUACACCUUUUGUUAGUUACUCUGAUCUAAAAAAAGUUACAACGGAAAGCUAUAUGCUUAUGUCGUAAGGUUUUAUGAUAUAACUUAUUAAUAUAAUUUUGUUUUUCCACAGAAGGAGGUAGAAUGAUGAAGGUGUUUAGGUGAAAUAGAGCGGCGGGCGGCGCGGCUCCUCGGCGCCCGCCCAUGGCCUCUACUUUUACACUGAGAUGGGCGGUGCAGUGGUUGGCAGCCACACUUGCGUGGGGCACGUUGUGCGGUGCGGGGCAAGUCUACAGCCCCGCGCUGGCCCCGUCGCUGGCCCCACCGUGCCCCACGCACUGCAUUUGUCUCUCACAGUCACAGGUCGUGUGCAACAGUGCGACACUUCGUGGCGUGCCUUCAGCUCUUAGUCCGAGUGUGACACAACUGUCGCUGUCGCGCGCGGAUUUGCGCGUCCUUCGCUCCGACGCAUUCGCUCAUCUGCGGCAGCUGCGGCGUCUCGCACUUGACGCCUGCAAUCUAACUCGCAUACGUCCAUUUGCAUUCCGAGGACUACCACGUUUACGCGAGCUAUACAUUCAACAUACGCCGCUCGCUACCGUCGAUGCGUUCGCCUUUGCAGCUCUUCAAAACAUAACCUCUAUUGUACUAACUCAUAACAGAAUAGCCCAAAUUGAGGGCUACGCUUUUGCAGGCACUAAUUUCAUAAAACUAAUCUCGUUGAAAAAUAACCCAAUUAAGCGGAUUCUGGCGCACGCCUUCUCAGGAUUAAAAGACGUCAUCCAAGUAGAACUCCCUUCAGGAAUAAGGUCAAUUGAGCCGAUGGCAUUUGCAGGUUUGGAGGGUAUCGGGACAUUAGAGUUAGCGUACAUGGAUCUGCCAGCACUAUUGUCGGAUACAUUUCGAGGAUUGACAAGAGUCGGUCGGCUUGGUCUUCGUGAAUCUGACCUCGGUGUGAUACGCGCGGGUGCUUUUGAUGGCUUACAACAUGUUGAUAUCCUAGAAAUGUGUAAUAAUAAGAUAGAUGCUGUAGAGGAGCUGACUCUGGUGCAGAAUAAUAGCGUCCAAACUUUCAGAUUGACGGGCAACCACAUGUUGGAAACGCCAGAGUCGGUAUUGCUCGAGGUGGAGAAUGUCGUGAUACGAGGUAAUCAUUUGCCAUGCGAGUGCGGUCGGGAUCCUUUGGCAAAUCCGCUGGCAUUGACUCAAGAGUUCGCAGAUGAAAACUUCUGUAUAUCGCCGUUGAAAGUCCGAGGGCGAAGCCUAGCGAGUGCGGCUUCAGGUGGGGCGGCGUGUCGCGGCGACGCCGGCGGCAGCGCACGCGCACGGGCCGCCGCCGGCGCCGGCACGCUGCUGCUCGGAGACACACUCGCUCAUCCGAACCUAGCUCUCACCAUUACCACUAUCACUCUUCUCGUGAGUAGCUAACCGCCCUCGGUGUUCAAUUAUUGUGUAUCCAUUUGUAAAUAUUGUAAUAUAUCUAAGCGAGUAUAAUGAUGCGAAAUUUUACAU